UCAUAGUUCUUCAACAUUUAUAUCAUUAAAUACACAACAAAAACAAAGGAAAAAAAAAACAUUUUUAGUCCUUCUUUCCUAUAUACAAUUUCUCCAUUUUCCCAAACUAUACCUUCAUUUACAACCAUGUCUUUCUCAACCAAACUAUCAUUGGUUUUAUUACUUUCUUCUUUUCUCAUCCAUGCUUCUUUAGCUGAAAUGGUAUGUGAGGACUUACCAAAGGAAGUGUGUACUUUCUCAGUAGCUUCAUCAGGGAAGAGAUGUUUGUUGGAGACUCAGAAAGGUGUCAAUGGUGAAAUUGAGUAUCAAUGUAGAACAUCUGAAGUUAUAGUGGAGAGAAUUUCAGAGUACAUAGAGACAGAUCAAUGUGUGGAAGCAUGUGGUGUUGAUAGAAGUUCUGUUGGUAUUUCAUCUGAUGCUUUCUUUGAGCCACAAUUCACCGGCAAACUUUGCUCACCAGCUUGUUACAAAAAGUGCCCUAACAUUGUUGACCUUUUCUUCAAUAUGGCUGCUGGAGAGGGAGUAUUUUUGCCAGAACUAUGUGAGAAACACAAGACCAACCCUCGUCGUGCUAUGGUCGAGCUUGUGAGCUCCGGAGCUGCAUUUGGCCCGGCUUCUUCAGUUUCAGAGGACAUUGUGUUAGCACCUGCAGCUGCACCUUCUUCUCUGUAAUUUUAGAGAGAUGGUGUAAAUUUUCCAAAACAUUAAAUUUAUAUAUUCCUAUGUUUACUAUAGUAGAGGAUAUAUAGAGGGAAAUAUAUUAAUUCCUUGUUAUUGAAUUUGUUUUGAUUAAUGUAAUAAUCAAGUUGAGUUGGGCAUGUUAAUGUUUCAUUUUUAUGUUAUGUACUAUUUCAUGUUCUCCAAUUAUCAAAUUUUGGAAUUGUUUCUUCUCUUGGUAUCACAUUUGAUAUCUACAGUGAAUUUUGUCUCAAUAAGAAAAGUUACUUGUUAUACUUUCUGGUGGGUGUAUAUUCACUCUUUGGUUCUGUUUUUUAUUCUAUUUAAUACAAAAGGGUUCAUAUCUC